CGAUCAAAGCCGCAAUAGCCGAGCAAAGCCCAAACAAAGUGUUCGCAGUUCCAAACACCGCUCCCAUUGUUUCACCUUCUUUCUCUUUCCUCAACUCCACACCCUUAACUCUUCGUCUUUCCUUGUCUGAUUAUUCAUUCCAAAACCCUAAUCCUCUUUCCUCAUCUGGGCUAUGGAAUUUCGCUUCAUUUGAGCUUCUAUUAAUGAGUUAUCUUCUUCGAGCUUGAAUUGUUGUUGCGGCUUCUGGAGCUUUAAAUUAUGGCUGCGGUUGCUGAGAUUUCCGUCGACGCAGCAGCUGCGAACAAGUUGGACUCAAAGUCAAAGUCCGAAUCCGAAUUCAAUGUGCAAAAGCUGGUGGAUAUGUUCACUAAGUUGAAUCCUUUGGCGAAGGAGUUCAUCCCUUCAAGUUAUUCUCACCAUGAUCAUCUCCAUCAGGGCUAUCAUCAGCUCCCACCGACCAAUUUUCUGGGUACGGCAGCUGAUAGUGAUCACCAAAAUAAUCGAAGGAGAAGAACUAAUUAUAGCCAGGGGAGGAGAAGGUCCAAUGGAAGAGUGCAUAAGGGUCAGAGAGAAGAUAGCAUUAGAAGGACAGUAUAUGUUUCUGAUAUAGAUCAGCAUGUUACUGAGGAGCGGCUUGCUGCCUUAUUUUGUACGUGUGGACAAGUUAUUGACUGCCGAAUUUGUGGUGAUCCUCAUUCAGUUCUUCGUUUUGCAUUUGUGGAGUUCGCAGAUGAGCAAGGUGCAAGAGCAGCUUUAAACCUUGGUGGCACUGUGCUUGGGUACUAUCCAGUUAGGGUCCUUCCUUCCAAAACUGCUAUCCUUCCUGUGAAUCCUACUUUCCUCCCUAGGUCUGAGGAUGAGCGGGAAAUGUGUAGCAGGACUGUCUAUUGUACAAAUAUUGAUAAAAAGAUUUCUCAAGCUGAAGUGAAGAACUUUUUUGAAACAGCUUGUGGUGAGGUUACCCGCUUGAGGCUAUUAGGAGAUCAUGCUCAUUCAACCCGAAUUGCUUUUGUGGAAUUUGCAAUGGCGGAAAGUGCCAUUGUUGCACUAAAUUGUAGUGGGAUGCCCUUGGGAAGCCAGCCUAUCAGGGUAAGUCCUUCAAAGACACCGGUGAGGCCAAGAAUCCCCCAUCCAACACCCCAUUAACUGAUCAACAUCCAAGAACUAGAGGCUAUUUGGUCAACUUUCCUGUUGAGACUUGUGUGGAAGAGGUGGUGAAGUUUCCUUUAUUUCAGCUGUUCCAUUUUCACAAUCAUGGUGGUUACUUUAGUAUUGCACAAGCAUAUAAUGUUCUGCUCUAACUAAAGCUUCCUAGGCACCAGUCUUGAUCUUAAAUAUUUUACCAUGUUUUUUAUUGAGGCGGGCUUGUUUGAGUUCUUGUAUUACUAUGAUUAAAUGCUCACCAGAUCGACAUACUUCCUUAACGAGCUUUUAUCUAAAACACCAUUAAGGUCAAGAAAUGGUGUAAGGCAAGCAUUUAAUUAGUAUCUAAUUCUCGGGCCUUCAAUCAA